AUGAAGGACUUCCCUCAAAUAAAGGUCAUGUAAUAUAAAAACUUGUUUGUACCAUCUUAUAAAAUUAACCAAGCUCCCAAAAAUAUUCCAAAGAUCGUAUUUUUUUUCCCCUCUAGAAUUGUAAAUUUUUUGUAGAUUUUUGUAAAAAUGAUGUUUGAUGAAGGGGAAUACUACUCACCCUCAGAUGUAUUUAGUUGCAUAAACUCCCUCCCAAAUUCAAAAAAGUCGAAAAUGAUGAACAAGAGAAGGUUCACUGAUGAACAAGUGAAGUCACUUGAAUCAAUUUUCGAGAAUGAGACUAAACUCGAACCAAAGAAGAAGGUCCAAGUGGCUCGAGAACUCGGGUUGCAACCUCGACAGGUUGCAAUCUGGUUCCAAAACAAGCGAGCUCGGUUCAAGUCUAAGCAACUUGAGAAAGAAUACACCACUUUGAAGUCGAGUUACAACUCCCUUGCUAAACGGUUUGAGGACCUUAAGAAAGAGAAGCAAUCCCUACUUGUUCAGAUAGAGAAGUUAAAAGAUGAAGCAGAGAAGAAGAGUAGUAAUACAAACAGCAUUGAAAGAGCAGCAGAGGAUGAAGACGAGAAAUCAAAGAGUGUAAAAAAGAGAGAUGAAUAUGAAGUAAAACCGGCUUUAUCAUUAGAAGGAUCGGAAUAUGGAGGUUGUAGCAUGAUAUCAGACGAAGGAUCGAGCGAAAACACGAAUUAUUUCGGGAUGGAAGAAGAGACGGAAUUAUUAAAAUUGGUACAACCAGUAGUAGUUGAUAGUUCUUUAACAUCAGGUGAAGGUUGGGAUGAUCUUCGACCUGAUGGUUUGUUUGAUCAAGCUGUUGAUAGUUGCCAAUGGUGGGACUUUUGGUCUUAAUCAAGUGCUCAAUAAGCUAAAGUGUGACUUUUAAUUAGGAAAAUUAUCGAAUCAAUUUGCUCGGUCGCGGGAUUAAAGGUUGCGUACAUCUGAACCGGCCUUGAUUUCUAUAGUCGAUACCCUUGCUAGAUAGAGGGUGUUAUUUUUCAUUGUAAGCGCGAAUUAGCUAUCUAGGAUAUUAGGAGUGGGAUUGUGCGCGCACGCACGCAGCAGUGUUACGGCGGCGCGCUAGCUAGCUAGGAUCAUUAGGCUCACUCUUAAGUACCUGCGCGCGCACUAUGUUAAUGUACAUAUUGAUACAAGAUAGAGGCACGACUAUGAGUCAUGAAUAAAACAGUGGGGGGAUUAGAGAGGUAA